AUGCCAGUUCCCUUCACUCCGAAACCUCAUUACGUUUUCGACUCUCAAACCAGUUAGAUGUCAAGUAUAUUCUUUUCCAAAAUAAUAUUAAAUUAUUUUAUUUUUUCGGAAGCUCAGUAAGAGCUUAGUGCUAUUCAGCAAGCAGGAAUCUAGUUACCACUGAUCAGUUCAAAUUAGUUAUCCAAAAUGAAUAGAAAGGACCUUCUGAUCGCCAAUGAAAUGACAGCCAGUCCUACCCCGUCUGGCCGUGACAUGACCGAAUCGCUCCCCGAGCCCAAGAAGGAAAGAAGCCAUCGCGGAAGCCAGACUAGUUCCCAGGGGACCCUUCUCGCGAAGAUCUACGGCAGCUCCAGUACCCUGGUCGAAGAACCUAAACCUGUAGGUUCAGCCGAGAAGACAUCAUCAUCCAACAACGAGUCCCAAAAGACCAACGAUUUGGGCUCCAAGUGCUCCAAGUGUGGCGCCCGACGCGGUCUUCCGGUUAGCGACUCCCGGGUGAAGCUAAGUCCCUCAUCACCGUCCCGUAUCCAGAACAUCUAUGACUUCCAGCCGGCGGUAAUGCCUUAUAUUCCCAGCCUCGACAUCCCGAGUACUUUGGGCAAAUCUAGCAGCCUAACCCAGGAGCCAUGGAGUAGCGUGGAGUCCCUCUACCGCUCCUACCGCGCCAAAAUUGUGAAGCCAUCGUCGAAGGAGGAGAAGUGUUACUAUCCGUAUACGGCCACAUCCGACUUGAGCCUGAACCGGGAGCCCAACAAGACAACCGACUCCGAGUUCGAGAAGGAUCUUCUCGAGGAGGGGGAGAGGGAGCGUUUCUAUCGCCACAUGAUGCAAAUGUAUGGCAACUAUCAUGCCCAAAUGGUGGACUUUACCAAGCGGACCGCCGUCGAGAUGCGCAUCCGGCGGGAGCGAAUGUUUGGACGCCGUAGACGCCACUAGAACGUCCCCAGUUUCGAUCAUCAUAGUUUUAGUUUAGAGAGUUUCAAACAAUAAAAAUUAAUCAUCGUUAAGUGAAUAAAAUAGUUUAGGAAACAAUAA